CUGGUUUUGAUAAGGUUUUAAUUUUUCUUGUGCUGUUUGUUAUGAAUAACCAAAGUUCGAAUAGCCCUACUUAAACCUCAAGGUAAUGUUGAAAUCAUCUGGCAAACAGGCAAAUAUUGUUGUUUUUGUGUUCAUAUUUAACAGUGACUCAGUAGAGUUCAGGACGUUCAAUAAUCAUCUUCAUAAAAAUGAUUACAGUUAACCAGGUAUUUCGUAAUGUGUGUCGAACUUCCAGAUGCAUUAUUGCAAAUAGGAAGUAUAGUGAACAAUCUCAAGAAACACCCUUUAGUCUAGAACUAUCUGAUACACAAAAAGAAUUCCGUGACCUUGCAAGAAAAUUUGCUCGAGAAGAAAUUGUACCAGUUGCUGCUGAAUAUGACAGAACUGGUGAAUAUCCCUGGGAUAUAAUCAAAAAAGCACAUUCUGUUGGACUUCUCAACGGCCAUAUUCCUGAACAUUGUGGUGGUAUGAAUAUGUCUGUAAUGGAUGGGUGCUUAGUAGCUGAAGAACUGGGUUAUGGCUGCACAGGAAUUAAAACUGCUCUAGAAGCGAGUGGUUUAGGUCAAAUGCCUGUUAUAAUUGGUGGAAAUAAAGAACAACAAAAAAAAUAUCUUGGGAGAUUAAUUGAUGAGCCUUUGGUUGCUGCUUAUGGUGUAACAGAACCAGGUGCUGGUUCAGAUGUUAAUGCUUUAAAAACAAAAGCCGUAAAAAAAGGUGAUGAAUAUAUCAUCAAUGGUCAGAAAAUGUGGAUAACCAAUGGUGGUGUAGCCAAUUGGUACUUUGUGUUAGCGCGAACUGAUCUCGACCCUAAAGCACCAGCGAGUAAAGCGUUCACUGGCUUUAUUGUUGAUGCGGAUACACCAGGACUUACUCCUGGACGAAAAGAAUUAAAUAUGGGUCAAAAAGCUUCAGAUACUAGGGGAAUAACAUUUGAAGAUGUCCGUGUACCAAAAGAAAAUGUUUUAACUGGUGAAGGUCAAGGAUUUAAAAUUGCCAUGUUAACAUUUGAUAAAACUAGACCACCAGUUGCUGCAGGAGCUGUUGGCCUUGCUCAACGGGCAAUGGAUGAAGCUGCCAAAUAUUCUCUAGAAAGAAAAGCAUUUGGAGUUCCUAUUGCUCAUCACCAGGCUGUUGCUUUUAUGUUGGCUGAUAUGGCUAUUGGUAUUGAAGCUGCUCGUCUUACAUACAUGAAAGCAGCUUUUGAAGUUGAUCAAGGACGACGCAAUUCAUAUUAUGCAUCUAUAUCCAAAGCCUAUGCUGCAGAUGUUGCAAAUAAAUGUGCCACUGAUGCUGUACAAAUUUUUGGUGGAAACGGUUUCAAUACAGAAUAUCCUGUUGAAAAAUUAAUGAGAGAUGCUAAAAUAUAUCAAAUUUAUGAAGGCACUGCACAAAUUCAACGAAUGAUCAUUUCAAGAGCUAUAAUUGAUAAUGCCAAACAAAAUAUGUAAAAAAAAAAAAAUCCCAGAAUGAUUUAUUUUUAAAAUACAGAAUAUUUAUUUAUAAA